AUGGGAGGAGGCGACCUCAACAUGAAGAAGUCCUGGCACACGGGGACGUUUGCCAACCAGGAACGAGUGUGGAAGAAGGAACGCGAGGCCCUCGAGGAGCGCAAGAAGCUCCAGCAGCUGCAGAAGGAGCUCGAGCAGGAGCGCGCCGUCCAGGAGCUCCAGCGACUGCAGGAGGCUGCCGGAGGCAAGAAGCGCGAUGAGCGGGUCGACUGGAUGUACGCGGCGCCCGCAGAGGGGAACGGGCCCAACCCGGACGAGCUCGAGGCGUACCUCCUCGGCAAGAAGCGCGUCGACAAGCUCCUCAAGGGCAACGAAGAGAAGCUCCUCGCCCAGCCCACGGAGGAGGUCCCCGGCGGCUCGUUCCAGUCCCUCCAGAACGCCAACACCUCGCGGGACACGGCGUCCAAGAUCCGCGAGGACCCGAUGCUCGCCAUCAAGCGGCAGGAGCAACUCCAGUACGAGAAGAUGAUGAAGGACCCGCGCAAGAGGCGCGAGUUGCGCGAGGCGAGGGAGGCGUUGCUUGGAGGUGGCAAGUCUGUCAGGCGCGAGGGGGCGGGCGAGGGCGAGUCGAAGGAGGAAAGGAGGGCGAGGAAGGAGGCGCGCAGGGCGGAAAAGGAGGCGAGGUCUGCGUCCGACAGGCGGCACCACGACGAUGACCGACACCGCUCGUCUCGCCGUUCGCACCGCGACGACCCAGACGAAGCAGCGCGCAAAGCAGCCCUCGCCGCCCGUCUCGAAGCGAUGCAGUCCUCCGCCGCCUCCCUCUCCGCCUCUCGCGCCGAGCGGCUGUCGAAACUUGAAGCGGAGGACCGGGCGUCGCACGAGCGCGAGGAGCGGGAGAGGAAGGAACGAGGAAGGGCGGGAGAUGGAGUUGGACCGGGGUUCAUUGCGAAGGCGCAGGGAGUCGUGUACGGAGGUGGGAUGGAUUUGGGCGAACGCAUGCGACGGAGCGGGCGCGUCGGGCUCGUUGGGGACAGGGACGACUGA